CUCGUGGAAGCCUCGCGAUUCUUCCAGGUGGAGCUCGAUUUUUUUUAUUCCUUCACUGACGUAAUUUCAGUCACUUUCAACGCAGCAGGUGACACUUUUCAAGAAGAACCGACGAGAAAUUUUUCAGGCGCGACAUUAUUUCUAGUGCGCUGUUGGCUGGUGGAAGUGCACCUGUGCUCCUCUUUUCUUCACAACCAACACAGAGCAAACUUGCACAAAGAUGGCAUCGACGAUUGGUAUUGAUGUUGGUAAUGCCAGCAGCAAGAUCGGCGCCGCCCGGGCGAGGGGCGUCGACGUGCUGGCCAACGAGGUGUCGAACCGGCAGACGCCCUCGCUCGUCUCCUUUGGCCAAAAGGCACGAGCGCUUGGCGAGUCGGCCGCGACGAUGCAGACGAGCAACUUCAAAAACACAAUUGGAUCGCUCAAGCGACUGAUCGGCAGGACGCUUCAGGACAGGGAUGUGCAGGAAUUCGAGAGCAAGUUCAUCAACGCCCAGCUCGUCGAUGCAAAGGGAGAGGUCGGCGUCAAGGUCCGCCUUGCGGGCGAGGAGCAGGUCUUUUCUGCCACACAGCUCAUGGGAAUGUACCUGGCCAAGCUCAGGGAUACGGCUGGAAAGGAGCUCGGUGGUAGCAGUGUGAGCGACGUCGUCAUCUCGGUUCCCAGCUGGUUCACCGACGGCCAGAGGCGAGCCAUGCUCGACGCGGCCGAGAUCGCAGGCCUCAACCCGCUUCGACUCAUGAACGACACGACGGCUGCCGCGCUCGGAUAUGGUAUCACCAAGACCGACCUUCCAGAGGCUGAUGAGCCGCGCUACGUUGUCUUCUGCGACUUUGGCCACUCGAGCUACCAGGUGGCCGUCGUCGCCUUCUCCAAGGGAUCGCUGACCGUCAUGGGCACGGCUGCGGACCGCCACUUUGGUGGUCGCGACCUUGACCGCGCGCUGCUCAACCACUUUGCGGAAGAGAUCAAGGGCAAGUACAAGGUCGAUGUCCACUCGAGCCCCAAGGCCAUCUUCCGCCUUCUUGCCGGCUGCGAGCGGCUCAAGAAGGUCCUCUCUGCCAACGCACUGGCUCCUCUCAACGUCGAGAGCCUGAUGGACGACAUUGACGUCUCUUCGCAGCUCAAGCGAGAGGAGUUCGAGGCACUCGUUGCCCCCCUGCUCGAGCGGGUCACCGUCCCUCUCGAACAGGCUCUUGCGCAAGCCGGCCUCACCAAGGACCAGAUUCACAGCGUCGAGAUGGUCGGUGGCAGCUCGCGUGUGCCCGCCCUCAAGGAGCGUGUGUCCGAGUUCUUUGGCAAGCCCCUUUCCUUCACCUCGAACCAGGACGAGGCCGUGGCCCGUGGCUGCACGCUCGCGUGCGCCAUCCUCUCGCCCGUCUUCCGCGUCCGCGAGUUCCACGUCCACGAUGCCAACAUGUACCCCAUCAAGUUCACCUGGGAGAAGGUGCCAGACGUCGAUGAGGACACCGAGCUCGUCGUCUUCAACCCCAACAACCCCAUUCCUUCGACCAAGAUCCUCACUUUCUACCGCAAGGAGCCGUUCGCCAUCGAGGCUUACUACGCGCAGCCCGACCAGCUCCCGGCAGGCAUCAACCCUUGGAUCGGUCGCUUCCAGAUCAAGGGCGUCAAGCCGACGGCCAACGGCGACCACUCGAUCGUCAAGGUCAAGGCCCGUCUCAAUCUCCACGGCGUGCUCAACGUCGAGAGCGCCUACACUGUCGAGGAGGUCGAGAAGGAGGAAGAGGUGCCAGUCGACCCCUCUGCGAUGCAGACCGACGGUGCUGAGCCUCCCAAGACGGAGAAGAAGCUCGUCAAGAAGGUCCAGCGCAAGGAUGAGCUGCAGGUCUCGGCCGGUCUCAACACCAAGGACAGCAGCCUGAUUGCUGAGUACAAGGAGAAGGAAGGCCAGCUGUACUCUAGCGACAAGCUCGUCAUCGACACCGAGGACCGCAAGAACGCCCUCGAGGAGUUCAUCUACGACCAACGCAGCAAGCUCGACGAGAGGCUCAAGCCCUACACCCAGGAGUCGGAGAAGGAGAAGUACCUGGCUCUGCUCAACGAGCAGGAGGAGUGGCUCUACUCGGACGAGGGCGAGGACGCCAAGAAGUCCGACUACGUCGACAGGCUCGCCAAGCUGCACAAGCUCGGUGACCCACUCGCGGCGCGCUACCGGGAAAACGAGGAGAGGCCAAAGGCCGCCUCGGCGCUCCGCGAGACGAUCAACAUGUUCAUGAGCGCUGUCCAGGGUGGCGACGCCAAGUACGACCACCUGACCGAGGACGACAAGUCCAAGGUGGUGGAGAAGUGCGCGACUGUCGAGAAGUGGCUGAGCGACAGCCUGAUCCGAGUGCAGGAGCAGGAGAAGAACAAGGACCCCAAGGUCACGGUGGCCGACAUGAACGCAAAGAGGGACGACGUUCUUUACACGUGCAACCCAAUCAUCAACAAGCCUAAGCCGAAAGCUCCUCCGGCGCCUACGCCCUCUGCUGACCAGCAGAAGCAGCAGGAGGCCCCCCAGGAGAAUGGAAAGGCCGAGGGUGACGCGGAGGCCACGCCGCAAGAGGGCCCUGGCGAGAUGGAUGUCGAUUAAAGCUUCCGUCAGCCUCUGGCAGCCGGUUCUGAAAAGUUACCAAGAAGAGUGAUACACUGGAACUAGAUUUCUUUUUUCCUAUCUCAACUUUUUCUUUCUUGUUCCCUGCCUCAUCUUUCCUCUUCGCUCUCCCCACAAAAAUGAAAUCAUAGAUCUAUUCGAGUACUUC